AUGACUCCCAAUCUCGUCAAGCCCACGGCCAGCAAACAUGAUGAGGAACAAUUAGGCCUGCUCACAGUCGCCUUCGAGCUUCGGCUCAACCUCUACGACAUGCUAUUUCGCCGUUCUGAGCCAAUAAAGCUUGUGAUCACUCCUGAGGGUAGAUUCAAAGCACUCAAUGUCUCGUCGGCGCAGUUUCCCCUGCAGCUACUCGCAACCUGCAGAAAGAUCUACAUCGAGGCAUCUCCGAUUGUCUACCAAUGCAACAAGUACACAAUGUCUUGGGAUAUAUUCCCUGUGCCGACUCUUCUCCAGCCAGGAAUCAGCGACUAUUUGAGGUCGAUAGAGAUCGACUGCAUUUCGGGAGAUGUCUGGGGCUAUGUCCAAGCAGUCAAGUCAUUGACUGGCAAUGCACGCGGACUACAAGAAGUCAACUUCAUCUUCCACGGCUCAGGCAGAUUCAUGGCUGCAGCUGUUGAGAUCUCAAAUGCCAUUGCAGCUUGUUCGCCGAGUUUUGGAGUACCAGUUCUCCAGGCCGUCAUUACUCCGCUAGCACGUGAUGAUCUAGGCGCGACGACGAAAUAUCUUCCACCUCUUGUUGAAGAUAUCCACAAGUCACUGAAGAAGGGCCGAGGCAAGCUUCAGAACAUCAUUGAACAUGGAGGUCCUCCAGACACGCAGCUGAUCACCACCACCGAUGCCCCCAAACUGCGCGUCAUUAGGUUGGUUGGUACGGUGUCCCGUUCUCUCAAAUCAACGUUUGAGAUGCACAGAUGUUCGACUGGCCAAUGUGGGUUUGUCAUGGAUCGAGAGAAAGUGGUGCAGGCAGCCGCGGUUAUUGGGGCCGAUCUGCGUCGAUACUACUACACCUGGAAGCAUAUUGGUGGUCCUGCAAUCGAGGUUGACCCCAACAUGCUCCAGUGGUAUCCGGAGCUCCCUGAGAAGGACAAGCAGACGAUCAAGGAAUUCAUGUUGUCUCUGAGCAUGGGGAUUGACCACCCCACGACGAACACUGACGCAGAUGGCCUGGCUACGGAUGGCACAGAUUCGGAAGGUGGAAGUAAAUCCAGCCAGCUGCAGCAACAACGUGGGACUGCUUCUGGCCUCACAGCGUCGAACGGAGGUGACGAUAGGUUGCAUGGUGGAAUGGCGCAUGCUGCCCAUUUAUUCUCAGCUUUGGCCAUCACUAAUUCGGUGACCGACCAGCCUGUUUCUGCAUUCCAACCGGCCUCCACCAUGGGAUUUGCGGUUCAUAACGCCGCUGCACAGACCACUGCCGCUGCAGACACCCAGGAGUCAACCAGCAAUGUCAACAACAACGGUAAUACACAGCAUACUCCCGAGGAUUACUGGGAAGGUGUAGAAGCUGUUGACCCUGACAGUACUUCAGAGGAUGAGGAACCGAACAAUGCCACGCAGGAGGCAGAGGCACUUCUUCGUGACGGCAGUCCACCGAACGAGGACGCCAACGACGCCACGCAAGCGGAAGAGGCAUCGGAAACCCGUCACAAUGUGCCAGCUGGCGAAACGCUCGGUGCCCAGCUUCUGCAGCUCCCAGCCGACCCCGGCCCGGACAGAUUGCAAGAGUGGGUGACGGAAAUGCGCGACCGUGUCGCGAAGUACGUCGAGAAGCGUGCCGACCCUUAG